UGUCUCUGUCUCUCUCUCUCUCCUCCCUCUCUCUCUCUCUUCUUCCAUGCCAUCAAAAUUUCAUCACCUUCCCAACCUUCUUCUCCACUCCCCAGAGCACCUGACUACAAGCAUUAUAGUCCCCAUUGCCGCUCCAGCCUGUUAAGGGCGGGCACGCCGCCCCAACAGUGCGCGCUAUUACCACCACCAUGGCUUUUAGAAAUAAACCCUUGUUUCUUCUUCUCUUUUCUGUUAUAUCCAUGCAUUUCAUUGUCUCUUCAGGAUUGACAGAAUUUGAGAGUCUCCUUAAGUUUAAGGGUUCUUUAUCUAAUGCCUCGGCAUUAGCCGAUUGGAGCGACAAGACCAAACCAUGCAAAGGGGACGUUACAAAUUGGCAUGGUGUUCUUUGUUCCAAAGGUGUGGUUUGGGGUUUGCAACUUGAAAGAAUGGGGCUAACAGGUAAGAUUGACGUUGAACCUUUAGAGAAUUUGUCAGAACUGAGAACUCUUAGCUUCAAGAAUAAUAACUUUAAUGGUACCAUGCCCGAGAUCAAGAAACUUCGUGCUUUAAGAUCAACUUACCUGUCAAACAACCAUUUUUCCGGGGAGAUUCCAGGCAAUGCUUUUGAAGGCAUGAUGAAACUAAAGAGAGUGCACCUAGCAAACAAUAAUUUCAAUGGUGCCAUUCCUUCAUCCUUAGCUACUCUGCCAAAACUUUUCGAUUUGAGGUUCGAGGGAAACAAGUUUAAAGGGAAAAUACCAAAUUUUGCACAAAACUUUUCAUCGUUCAACGUCUCCAACAAUGCAUUGGAAGGGCCAAUUCCUGCAUCUCUUAGUAAGAUGAACGUAACAUCAUUUUCUGGCAACAAAGGACUAUGUGGGCUUCCACUAACUAAAUGUGAUAAUGUUGGGACCUCCACAAACGCCUCCAACUCUGGAUCAAACUUGCACAUUGAAUCUAACUCUAAGAAACCUUCAGUUGCAAGUAUAGUUAUUGUGGCUGUAGUUGUAGUGGUAGCACUGGCAGCCAUAUUUGCCGCUGCCUUCAUCCUCCUCCGACGACGGAAACGAACAUCAGCGUCAGUAGAGGCACCGCGAGGACCAAACCGUCGGAAAAAAAAGCGUUUGAAAAAUCAAGACCCUUCAGAAAAUGGCAAAAGGCCUGAGACGUCAAAGUUAUUGACAUUUGUAAGGGAUGAUAGGGAGCGAUUUGACUUACCUGACUUGUUAAAAGCCUCAGCAGAGAUUUUGGGUAGUGGUUGCUUUGGAGCAUCUUAUAAAGCUUCUCUAAGUGGAACAGUUAUGGUAGUUAAGAGAUUUAAGCAAAUGAACAACGUUGGGAAAGAAGACUUUCACGAACAUAUGAGAAGGUUAGGGAGGUUGAGUCAUCCUAAUUUACUACCUCUUGUUGCUUACUAUUAUAGGAAGGAAGAGAAGCUCUUGAUAACUGACCACGUUGAGAAAGGAAACUUAGAUGCUCAUCUUCAUGGUUAUCGGGCUUUGGGCCAACCAAGCAUGGAUUGGCCAACUAGAUUAAAGAUUGUUAAAGGAACAGCCAAAGGACUUGCUUAUUUGUGCAAAGAGCUUCCUAGUAUAAUAGCAGCUCACGGGCACCUAAAAUCCACAAAUAUUCUUCUCAACCAAUCCAAUGAGCCUCUUCUCACAGACUAUGGACUUGUUCCUGUUAUCAACCAAGAGAAUGCCCACGAAUUCAUGGUGGCCUAUAGAUCACCUGAAUUCUUGCAGCUAGGUCGGAUUACCAAGAAGACCGAUGUAUGGAGUCUUGGGAUAUUGAUUCUUGAGCUUGUAACAGGAAAGGUUCCUGCAAAUUUGUUGCCACAAGGAAAAGAAAGUGAAGAAGAAGAUCUGGCAAGUUGGGUUAGUAAUAUUCCUCAAGAGCAAUGGGUGAACCAAGUGUUUGAUAGGGAGAUUAGAGUAACUAAGAAUAAUGAAGUUGAAAUAAUAAAACUAUUAAAGAUUGGGUUGAGUUGCUGUGAAGGGGAUGUAGAGAAAAGGAUGGACUUAAAGGAGGCUGUGGAGAAAAUUAAUGAGUUGAAAGAUAGAGAAGGUGAAGAGGACUUUUACUCUUCAUGUCCCAGUGAAGGGGAUGGGGAUGUGAAAUCAUCAAGAGGAAAGUCUGAUGAUUUCACAGUUUCCUGAAUGAGGAAUGUUAAUUAGACUUUUGAUCAAUCCAUACUUAGAGGAUUACAAAUUACGUUGUUCCAAAAUUUGAAGGAAUUAAAGGUGAUAAUGGAAUUGGUAAUGCACACUAAUUAAGAUUUUCAUUCCUUUUCAGUCUAAAAUUGUAGGGUGGAAGUUGGAGUGGGAUUGGGAUUGGGAUUGGGGUUUGCUAAUGCAAGUUUUUGUUUUAUUUUGCCACUAACAAUGUUAGGAUUUCAGAUUGCAUCUCUCUUUCUCACUCUCUUAAAUUUUUUUAAUAAUAGUUUUCCUAGUAAGAAUGUAAGAUAGGUAAGUGAGAAGACUAAUUAUUAAGAUGUACAAGAAAAUAGGAAAAAGAAAUGUUUGCUACAGAAAAAAAAAAAAAAAAAAA